AAAUUCUCUCGCCGGCUCUCCGUCGCCAAACCUGACAAAAAGCCUCAAAACUUUUUGUUGUCACUUGUCCACUUGGAAUCCCUAUCCAUCCAUCCACCACCACCAUCCACCCCUCGUGACAGUCGCAGCUUGCGCUUCGGGAACCACUCCACUCAAUUCGUUUCUUCUGGUGUCUUUUCUUCCCAGUCCACCGCCGUCCACAUCUUCAAUCGCAAUGGCCUCUGCAGCACCGUCCACCGGCUCGACCAAGGUCGACGCCGUCGUCCAGAAGGCUGCCGCCAGCGCCCCUGGCCAGCUCAGCGGGUUCCAGCUCUACUCCAGAUUCGCCUUCGCCGGUGCCGUCUGCUGCUCGAUAACACACGGUGCCCUCACCCCCGUCGAUGUCGUCAAGACCCGUAUCCAGCUCGACCCUGCCACCUACAACCGGGGCAUGAUCGGUGGCUUCAAGCAGGUCAUCCAGAAUGAGGGUGCUGGUGCUCUUCUGACCGGUUUCGGCCCCACCGCCGCCGGUUACUUCCUGCAGGGUGCCUUCAAGUUCGGAGGUUACGAGUUCUUCAAGCAGCAGUCCAUCAACCUGCUCGGCUACGAGACCGCCUCCAACUACCGCACCGGUGUCUACCUGGCCUCGUCCGCCGCCGGCGAGUUCUUCGCCGACAUCGCCCUCUGCCCUCUCGAGGCCACCCGUAUCCGUCUCGUUUCCGAGCCCACCUACGCCAACGGUCUCCUGGGCGGCUUCAGCAAGAUGGCCAAGCAGGAGGGCUUCGGCGCCUUCUACGCCGGCUUCGGCCCCAUCCUGUUCAAGCAGAUUCCUUACACCAUGGCCAAGUUCGUCGUCUUCGAGAAGGUCUCCGAGGCUGCCUUCCGCGUCUUCCCCAAGAAGGACCUCUCCGACGCCGCCCAGACCGGUGUCAACCUGGGCUCCGGUCUGAUCGCCGGUUUCGCCGCCGCCUUCGUCUCCCAGCCCGCCGACACCAUGCUUUCCAAGAUCAACAAGACCAAGGGUCUGCCCGGUGAGGGCACCACCACCCGUCUGAUCAAGAUCGGCAAGGAGCUUGGUCUCCGUGGUUCCUACACCGGUCUCGGUGCCCGUCUGUUCAUGGUCGGCACCCUGACUGCCUUCCAGUUCGCCAUCUACGGAGACCUCAAGAAAGCACUGGGCGCCACAGGCGGUGUAGAGAUCGCCAAAUAAACGAUUUUCCCGAGUGUCUGAAGAUGCUAGAAAUUGUUGUUGGUGGUGGGUCGAGAUGGGAUAGACAUUUGUGCUGGUAGAAGGUACAAGAUACACCGCAGGUUGUGCUUAUAUAAGCCCGCCAUACGCUAUAGGGACUGCUACAGGGGCUAGAUUAGACUCGACGAUCUGCUUGGGUUCAAAGAAGGUCCGCGCGACUCCGGUUGCGAAACUUAUACUCCUUUUUUCGGUCAGGAUCUGGUCUCCGGGCGAAAUCUGGCCAUUCACGACUGGUCAAGACAGCUUUGUAUAAUAGUCUUUUUACUCGCGCAAUCAUAGACGGGGAGUUGGUGAC